UGGCUCAAGUGGGGAAUUGAACUCUUAACCUCAAGGUUGGAAUGUGCAAUAUAUCCUACUAGAUCAAGCUUAGCUUCAUAAUCCAAUAACAACUUAUUAUGUUAAUUCAUAUAUUACUUUCUCCAUUUUACAAAUAUUGCAAUAAUUGCCAUUUUAGAAAGUUUCACAAAGCAGUAUUUCUUAUUUGCACAUAUUUUCUUUCCUUCUCUGUCAUCAUCACAUGGUCCAUAACUUUAUUCCCCUUUAUCUCUAUCCUCUUUUUAAAAUCUGUGUCCCUCAUCCAUGUUGUAAUAUUAAGGAAACUCAAAAAUCAGUAAAAAAAAAAAAAUAAAAAAGUCAAAGGUGAUAAAAAAAUUCAAAUGUCCCAGUUAUUUUAGGAAGGAGAGGGUAAUAGUAUGUCUUUAAAUCCAUCACCUACCUACUACUCAUGACGGGUAUAAUUUUAUACACAUAUCCGCUCCAACUUGGGCGGAAGCAGGGCAAAACCCCCUAUUUUUAUAUCCGCCUACCAUCUCUACUCAGGCCGUGACGAUUGAGGAAGUUCUCGUAAGGGCAAUUCGGUACCAUAAAUUUAGCUAACACAUUAUCUAUUGAGCCAGUGCAUUAGCAUUUAGACUUUCAAAUUUACAGGGGUUCUACCAAACAAAAUUCUCCCCGGUAGUUAAACAAGAACAUGCCUACCUUAAAUUUGUUUACAAAUGUCCCAGUUGAUGCUGUUGUCGCCUCAGAUAUUCUCAAGGAUGCCACCAAAGCUGUUGCUAAAACAAUUGGCAAACCCGAAUCUUAUGUGAUGGUGUUGAUAAACGGAGGAGUUCCAAUUGCUUUUUCGGGGACGGAAGAAGCUGCUGCAUAUGGAGAAUUGAUCUCAAUUGGAGGACUUGGUCCUGCUGUUAAUGGAAAAUUAAGUUCAAUUAUUGCUGAAAUACUCCAAACCAAGCUUUCUAUUGACAGUUCCAGAUUCUACAUUAAAUUUUACGAAGCUCAGCGACCUUUUUUUGGAUUCAAUGGUUCCACAUUUUGAGCUGCUCGUAAUUGGCUGAUUCAUUCUGGCAAUGUUUAGUGGGAAGAUAAGCAGCAUUUGCAUCUGAAUUGUGAAGUCACACUAAAUAGAAUGUAAUGAUUACAUUCUGUGCUGUUUCAAUUAUUAAUGUAAGUGACAUAGCCAAAUCUCUCAGGAAUAAUAACUACUCCUCCAUCCAGAUUUGAUUGCCAUGUAAUCGUUAGUUCAAACUACACUAUCAACGCAAUUAUCAAAGCUGGGACAGAGAAAUUGGACCCAAA